AUGUAUCUCGCACAGCAGGAUCGAGUAGAUACUGCCGGACUUGAUGAAAAGCAGUCGUGGUCUCCCCCAGAAAACACACUCAUGAUGCAGGGCUUCGAAUGGCACGUGCCAGCCGACCAACGACAUUGGCAGCGUCUCCGCAAGGCAAUCCCUGACCUGAAAGACAUCGGGAUGAACCCAUCUGGAAUUGGGUAUGAUAUCUAUGAUCUGUACGAUCUUGGGGAAUUCGACCAGAAGGGGACCAGAGCGACGCGAUGGGGUCCAAAGGAAGAUCUCCAGAGCUUGGUACAGACUGCACAGGAUAUGAACGUUGGGAUCUACUGGGAUACUGUUUUGAACCAGAAGGCUGGAGCGGAUUCGACUGAGAAAUUCACAGUCGUCAAGAUGGACCCAGAAGAUCGGAAUAAUGAAAUAUCCCAACCUCUGACCAUAGCCGGUUGGGUCAGGUUCGACUUCCCGGGACGUGGUGAGAAGUACAGCUCCAUGAAGUAUCACUGGCAACAUUUUACUGGUGUGGACUGGGACGAUGCGAGCCAGCAACACGCAAUAUACAAGAUACUGGGACAGAACAAAGACUGGGCGAGCGAUGUGAGUGAUGAGCACGGAAACUACGACUACCUGAUGUUUGCCGAUCUCGACCAUUCCCAUCCAGAAGUUCGAGCUGAUAUAUUGAAAUGGGGGGAGUGGAUUGGCACCGAAUUACCGAUCAGUGGAAUGCGAAUCGAUGCAGCAAAGCAUUAUUCCGCCUCUUUCCAGAAAGAAUUUGUGACACAUUUGCGCAAUACUGUUGGUGCUGAUUACUUCUUCAUUGGGGAGUAUUGGAGAGGAGAGGUUGGCCUACUUCUGGAAUAUCUUAAAUUAAUGGAUUAUGAGGUCUCCUUGUUCGACGUUCCUCUUUUGGGUCGGUUUGCAGCUAUCUCCAAGAUGGCAGGUGGUGAUCUACGGAAGAUUUUCAAGGGCACGUUGGUAGAACAGAUGCCGUCGCAUGCAGUAACUUUUGUUGGCAACCAUGAUACGACUAUCAUUGCACCGUUUUUCAAACCUCUCGCAUACUCUUUAAUCCUCCUUCGAAGCCAAGGCCAGCCAUGCGUUUUCUACGGAGAUCUCUAUGGAAUCAUCGGUGGACCCGAACCCCAACCUGGGCCAUCAAGCAGCGGAACACUUCCCAUCCUCACGCGCGCCCGAAAGCUAUAUGCACACGGGGAACAACGAGACUACUUCAAUAGACGGAACUGCAUUGGGUUCGUUCGCUACGGAAACUAUAAACACCCGUUCGGUCUUGCAUGCAUCCUUAGCAACGGUGGUGCAUCCUACAAGCGCAUGUUUGUCGGUCACAGACAUGCUGGGGAAUUGUGGACUGAUAUUCUCGGCUGGCGAAAUGAGGCUGUACUCAUUAAUAACUGCGGCUAUGGAGUUUUCCCGGUAGCCGCUAUGAGUGUUAGUGUUUGGGUGAACUCUCAAGCGGAGGGGAGAAAUGGAAUUAAUCGGUCUUUUAACGAGAACAUAUACAGCCUCUAA